GACGAGACCCGCACCAAAUUCGACGGCAUCACUGAUACUCCGUACUCAUUUUCACCUCGAGCGAAUCAAGAGACAGUACCACGCAAGCAAGAAGGCUCCUCAGGGCCGUUCCGCAGACCCCGAGCUAAGGUAGCACUGGGGACAGGCAAACGAGCCGGCGACGAACAAGGGCAUAUGGCGGAUACCAAUACUGGCUCAACGGCGAGACAUGAAACGACGAGAAACACCUGCACAAUUCCCAACAUGCAGGGUGGGCGUUCGCAUUUCCCAAUCCCACCCGAGGUGGGUGAUAAGAUUUGCAGAUUUGAGAAUGUAACUCGUACGCAUUGCCAUGCCUACCCGUAUUCUACAAGCUACCGCGCUUCAUCGAUAAUUUAUUUCACCACUACCGCGAUAGGCCUGUCACUACACUGUACCUCAGGCUCAUUUUCGAGUUCGUUGGCCGGAUCAUCAGCUCUCCCCACCAUUCGGAUGCUUCCAUUCGCCUUCUGUGCCCCUGGCAUUGUCCAACUAGUAGCAUCCAAUGAUACCGACGGCGUUGAUGCGGCAGUAAUCCACCAAUGCAAGGCGGGCCAGGUACCGAAUACCUCCCACACAGCCGAAUGGGAAAGAUGUGCUCCGGUACCUGAACAUCGCGACGCUGGGAUGCUUGACAGCGUAGUUGGACGGACACACGGGCCUGGCAUAAUUGACCCUAGUAGGCGUUUGCCUGCUGUUUCGGAGGCUUGUGCGAGCAGCCAAGGCAGCGCCAGAUCCAUCGGAGACGCUAUGUAUGCACAAAGCUAAGCAACUGGCCGUCUUCUCUUUUAUGUUCUUAAAAAAGCGUGGUGGUGGUACGGACACCGCCCGUGGUGCC